AUGGUCCGUGCACCGUCGCGCAAGAGCGAGAUGGCCAAUUCGGCCGACGGGUCGGUCUUUGUGGCAGGAAGCCGAGACCGUGCAGCAGAGCGCCGUACUGAUGUUGUGGCGCUGGCAGACAGUGUUCAAAAUGAACACGAACCGGUGGCGAUUGUAGGAAUGGGAUGCCGGUGGCCCGGAGGGGUCGAGAGUCCGGCGCAGUUCUGGGAGUUUCUGUGCAACAAGGAAGACGGAUGGCGUGAGUUCUCAGCGCCAAGAUUCUCAGCCAAGGGCUUUUACCACCCAAAUGCGGACCGGCCGGGUGGAUUCUCGAUGAAGGGGGCGUUUCCCACCGGCGGCGACGCGCGGUUGUUCGACCAUGCCUUCUUUGGAAUGACGAAGCUGGAGGUAGAGACGAUGGACCCAUCGCAGCGGAAGCUGCUGGAGGUCGCGUACGAGGCGAUUGAGAGUGCGGGCGAGACAUGGGAGAGCAUCUCGGGGACGCGGACUGGAGUGUUUGUAGGCAACUUCUGCCUGGACCACUGGAUGAUUCAGUCGCGGGACUGGGAUAACCCACGACCGUACGCAUUUGUGGGAGCGGGCACGAGCAUCCUCGCGAACCGGAUCAGCUACAUUUUCAACCUGCAAGGGCCAAGUCUCACGAUCGACACGGCGUGCUCGUCAUCGAUGUACGCGCUGCACGUGGCAGUGAACGCGAUGCGGGCAGGCGACUGCGACUCUGCGAUUGUGGCAUCGGCGAACUGGAUUGCCGAUCCGGGGGUGCAGAUUGCGCUGGACAAGCUGGGAGCGCUGUCGGGGUCUUCGCGGUGCCACACGUUUGACGCGCGGGCGGACGGGUAUGCGCGCGGCGAAGGAUUCGGGGCGAUCUAUCUGAAGACGACGGCACGAGCGAUGGCAGACAGAUCGCCGAUCCGGGCGAUGAUCCGGGGCUCAGCGAUGAACUCGAACGGACGAACAGGCGGGAUCACGCGACCGAGCGCAGCGGGCCAAGAGGCAGUGAUCCGGGCGGCAUACGAGAACGCAGGACUGGAGCCGGACGAGACAGGCUACUUUGAGUGUCACGGCACGGGAACGUAUGUGGGUGACCCGAUCGAGGUGGCGGCAGUGGGCCGGGUGUUUGGGUCGAUGGGUGUGGCGAAAGCGGCGCCACUGCUGGUGGGCUCGGUCAAGAGCAACGUGGGACACGGCGAGGGUGCGAGCGCGCUGGCGGCAAUCAUGAAGGUGGUCCUGGUGUUGGAGCAUGGCGUGAUUCCACCGGUAUUCGACCUGGCAACGCGCAAUCCGAACAUUGAUUUUGUGGGGGCAGGCGUGCAGCCGGUGACGGAGGUGACGGCGUGGCCAGCUGGGCAGCUGCGACGGGCGAGCAUCAACUCGUUUGGCUACGGCGGCGCGAACGCGCACUGCAUCGUGGAUCACGUAAACAACGUGUUGGCAGACUACGUGGCGCCGGGUGUGUUUGGGCGCGAUGGGCGGGGCGAUGACGCAUGUCGGGCGCUGCGGGCGUCGACGACGGCGACGACGCGGCAGCUGGUGCUUCUAGCGCUGUCGGCGCACAACGAGCAGUCGCUGCAGAGCAACAUGGAGGCGUUGGUGGCGGUGGUGGGAGGGCUGUCGCUGGCGGACGUGGCGUACACGUUCAACGUGCGGCGAUCGCGGCUGGCGCAGCGGACAUUUUGCGUGGUGGAGCGGGACGGGCCGACAGUGGGUCUCCAGACAGCGCUAGCCGCACUCCGGGCCGGGGGCAAGCCGGUGCGGGCGCCACGGCAGCCGACGCGGCUCGGGUUCGUAUUUACGGGCCAGGGAGCACAGUGGCAUGGAAUGGCAGCAGGCCUGUCUGAGCACGCCGUGUUCCGACGCACGGUGGCGCACCUGGACGCGAUCCUGAAACGACUACCGCAACCGCCCAAGUGGACGCUGGCGGCCGUGCUGGCAGGCGACUGCGAUGAGACGCUGGUGCAGACGGCAGCCGUGGCACAGGCAGCGUGCACGGCACUGCAGAUCGGACUCGUGGACCUGCUGGCGUCGUGGUCGGUGCAGCCGGCAGCCGUGGUCGGGCACUCGUCAGGCGAGAUGGCGGCGGCAUACGCGGCCGGUCGGGUCUCAGCGGCUGAAGCGAUUGUGGCGGCCUAUAUGCGCGGCCAAGCAGUUUCGGAGAACCGGCAAAGUGGCAUGAUGUUGGCUGUUGGCUUAGGGCCAGAGGCAACGAAACCAUACCUCGACCAGGUGCCGGAGGGCAGCGUGCAGGUGGCGGCCAUCAACGGGCCCGGCAACGUGACGCUCUCGGGCGACACAGAAGCCAUCGAGACAGUGGCAACAGCGCUGGCAGCAGACGGCAUCUUCCAGCGACGGCUACAGACCGGCGGCAACGCGUACCACUCGCACCACAUGCGGACGAUCGGGCAGACGUACGCGGCGCUGCUGGCGACGGGCGACAAGCUUCUAUGCGAAAGCAAGACCGCAGCGCGGUCUGGUGAUCAGCAGGCAGUCUGGUUCUCGUCCGUGACACCAGAAAGGGCAACAGAGACGAUUGGUGACUUCUCGGCGUACUGGCGGUCCAACCUGGAGUCGCCGGUGCAGUUUGCCGAGGCGGCACAGCGCAUGGUGACGGACACGGUCGACGUCCUGGUUGAAAUCGGGCCGCAUCCAGCGAUGAAGAGUCCUGUGGGCCAGAUCCUGCAGACGGCCGGACGUACGAUGCCAUAUGCGGGCACGCUGCGACGCGGUGAGGCUGGUCUGCGGUCGCUGCUCCAGCUGGCAGGCACACUGUUUACGCUCAACACAGCGAUCGACCUGGCUGCCGUGAAUGCGGUGGAUGUGGACGAUGGUCGGGUGCACGGCUGCACGAGCACAGAGCUGCCGCCGUACCGCUACACAUACACGGGCCCCAACUACCACGAGAGCCGGGCCAGCCGCGAGUACCGGAUGCGGCCAACGCUGCGUCACGACCUCUUGGGAUCCCAGGUCGUCGGCACGGCCCUGCUGCGGCCACAGUGGCGCAACAUCCUGCGGCUCCGGGACUUGCCCUGGCUCGGCGACCAUCGACUUCUGCCGGAUGCCGUGCUUCCUGGUGCUGGCUACGUGGCGCUGGCACUGGAGGCUGCCGCGCGGAUGGCGACGAGCUCGACCAUUGCCGGCUUCUCGCUGCGUGACGUGGCCAUUUCCGCGAGCCUGGUGCUGCCCGAAGACGACUACGGUGUCGAGAUCCUGACGACGCUGGAGCUGGCAGGCCCGGUCUCCGACACUACCACGACGUGGGCGACGUUCUCGGUCAGCUCGGUGCGGCGUGACACGGACAUCUGGACGGAGCACUGCACCGGCAGCGUGCGGGUCGAAACAGCAGCAGCAGACGAGACGAGUCUGGACGACAUGGCCGCGAGCAACAGCGCGACAAAACCCGUCAGCGCGGCCGCUUGGUACGAGCGCUUUGAGGAGCUGGGCCUCGGCUACGGGCCGACUUUUCGGUCGCUGUCGGCACUGCGCGUGGAUGCUGCAACGGGUGUGGCGAUGGCGGAUCUGAACCUGGAGCCGGUCGAGCAGCCGGACGAGUCGAGCUAUGCCGUGCAUCCAGCAGCGCUGGACGGUGCCAUCCAGCUCGGCUUGGUGGCUGCACAUGGCGGUCGCACGGCUGCGGCCGACACAGCGCUGGUGCCUGUGUGGCUGGCACGCGCAUACGUGUCGACUGGGACUUCUGGGUCUGGAACUGGGUCGGUUUUUGCUCAAGGCGCCCGGAACGGCGUCCGCAGUGCGGAGCUGCGUCUUUUGUUGCGCCGUGCCGAUGGCAGCAUGCUGAUGCGUGUGGAUGGGCUGCGCUGUGUGAGUUACGCGCGACCGGCAGCCAAAGCCGAUCCGGCAGCUGCUUUUGCCAGCCCGUUUACGAGGCUCGUGUGGCAGCCAGACGUGCGAACACUCGGGAUAGACCAGGCACGCAAGCUGUGGCCGCCACCGGCUGCCAAUGUCGACCAGGCGGCCGUCUGGGGCGUGACCAACAAGCUAGCGCACUUGGUCGUUCUCUCGCUGGCCGAGCAGUUUGUCGACGUCAAGCUCGACCUCCAACUCGACGGCGAGCGCAGCCACUUUCUCGCCUGGAUCCAGCGCCGCGCCCGCACCGAUCGCUCGCCGCUGAUGGCAGAGGCACGUCAAUGUGCUGCCCAAGGCCGGCUACGCGAAGCCAUGGACGAGCUCGCAGCCGCGGCACCGCAUGUGCGCGAAGUACAGAGUGCACUGCUGCUGCACGACAGCAUGGACGAGAUCCUGCGCGGGCGCCGGUCCGGCGUCGACGUGCUCGUGGCCGCCGACCUGCUGACGCCGCUCUAUGCGGAGGGCCUGCUCAUGACCGGCAUCUACCCACAGCUGCGCCGACUGUUGGCGAGUCUCGCGCAUGCUCACCCGAAUCGUCGCGUGCUCGAGAUCGGUGGUGGCACUGGUGGCGCCACGCGCGUCGCCAUGCAGGCGUUUGGUGCCACCGGCGGCAUCAAGGCCUACCACGACUAUACCUUUACCGAUAUCUCGGCUGGUUUCCUCGCCGCGGCGCGCACGUCGUUUGUCGCCUGUCGCGACAUGCACUUUGCCGUCUUUGAUGUAGAGACCCCUCCGGCUGACCAGGGCUUCGAUGAGGGCCAAUACGACCUCGUCCUUGCUUGUCAGGUCCUCCAUGCCACUGCGGACAUGCAUCGAACUCUCACGCACUGCCGACGCCUCCUGCGCCCCGGCGGACAGCUCGUGCUCGUCGAGACCAUCGCCAACUUUAUCGUGCCUGGCGUCGUUGUCGGCACCUUUACCGGCUACUGGGCCGGCAUUCCCGAUGGUCGCGUCGACGCUCCUUUCCAAGAUCUUGCUGCCUGGGACAGCGCUCUCCGGGCUGCCGGUUUCUCUGGCCUCGAUAUUGUCCUGGACGACUUUCCGGAACCACACAGGACUACGGCCGUGAUCUUGUCCACCGUCGAGGUUGUGGCUGAGAAUGUGGCUGUGGCUGAGAAUGUGGCUGAGGCUCCCGCGUCUGUCCAACUCUUCUACAGUAGCGAGGUAGUGCCAAUGCUCGUCGCACCCCUUGUCGAUGCUCUCGCUGACAAAGGUGCUACCGUUGCUGUCGCACCUCUUGCCGACGCACUCGCUGACAAAGGUGCCACCCUCCGCGCCGUCGUUCUCCUCGACGACUCUGCCCUUCGUCGACUGGCAGACAGCAACGACCCAUCCGACCUCCUGGUCUGGCAGCACCUCGCCCGCACCGCCUCGAGCCUCGUUGUCCUCACCAGCUGCGGCACUGCCCGUGGCCGCAACCCCGACGGUGCUCUUUUGGCCGGUCUGUUGCGCGUGCUGCAGACAGAAAACCCAACGGCAGAGUAUCUGUGUGUGGAUGUGGACGCAGUCGAGUUUGAUGUCGGUGCCGCUGCUCUCGACCUGGCCCGCGUCCUGGCUGCGCACGAGGCCCGUCUCCAGAACCCAGGCGCAGACGACCGCGAGUUCGUCUGGCAGGACGGCUGCCUCUGGGUCAGCCGCUACGUACCUGACGGCGGCUUCCACGGCGAGCAGGCUAGCCGUGCCCCACCUCCCGUCUUCGGCCCGAUCGGCUCUGUCGCUACCACCGGCCCGCGUCGCGCCACCUUGGCCACGCCCGGCUUGGUCGCCUCGCUGUCUUUUGCCCCCUACGACGACGCUCUCCGUCCACCUCUGCGCCCCGGCCAGAUCACCGUCGCCGUCGCCGCUGCCGGUCUUGGUCCCCGCGACCUCGACCGCUGGACUGGCCGCGCCGACAGCCACUUUCUCUCGUGCGAGUAUGCCGGCACCGUCCUCGCCCUCGCGCCUGACGUCGUCACCAAUCGCCCCGAUCUGUCUGUCGGCUGCCUCGUCUACGGCCUCGGCCUCGCCCACUUUGGCACUGCUGCCCGCGUUCCCGCCGCUCUCGCCCGUCCUCUCCCCCCAACCGCCGACCUGCUCUCUGCUGCGGCUCUGGCUUUUUCCGCCACUACCGCUGUCUACGCCCUCGAUCAUGUCGCUCGCCUUCGUCGUCACCAUGCCGUCCUCGUCCAGUCGGCCACCCACGACGCCGGUCCGGCUCUCGUCCGUCUCGCUGUCGCUCGUGGCGCCCUCGUCUUCGCCACCGUCCACACCGACCAGCAGGCUCGCUACGUCUCCGAACAGCUGCAUCUCCCGCUCGAACACAUCGCCAUCUCCUCGCCUUCGGCCCUUCACCAACUCGCCCAGCUCACUCCCAAGUGCGCCUUUGACGUCAUCGUCCACUCCACUGGCACCACAGCCACAACGGCUGCCGUGCGUAACAGCCUCCUCGACACCCUGCAGGUUCUCGCCCCCCUCGGUCACCUCGUCGACCUUAGCCGCGCCGAUGCGCCAGUUACCUCUAUCUCGACCAUAGGCCCCGAGCUGCUGCCGCGUCAUGCCUCUUACUCUGCCGUCGAUCUGCUCUUCCUCCUGCGUGAGCAUCCCGACCAUGCCGCCAACCUUUUGGCUAUGGCCCACGACGCUUUUCGCGCAGAUCUUCUCGUUCCUGCUCCGGCCGUCACCAUCGUCCCGGUGUCUCAGUGCGCCGUCGCCGCCACUACCCUCGCCAGCGCCACAGACGCCCCUGUCGGCCGUCUCGUCGUUCACUUCCAUCCCACUGAUAUCGUGCGUCUCGUGCCUACCGCACCAGCAGCUCGCUUCGACCCCAAUGCCGCCUACAUUGUUACCGGCGGUCUUGGCGGCCUUGGUCAGACUCUUGUCCGCUGGAUGGCUUCUGCUGGCGCUCGCCACAUUACUGUCCUUGCCCGUCGCGACCCCAUCGCCGUGCCCGGUGCCUCUGCUCUCCUCUCUGACUGCACUGCCGCUGGUGUCGACAUCCUCUGGCAGGCUUGCGAUGUCGCCGACGCUGCUCAGGUAGCCCACGCUGUGAGCAUCGUCACUGCCCAACGUCCCCUCCGUGGCCUUGUUCAUGCUGCCGUCUCCUACUGCGACUACUCGUUUGACGGCCUGUCUGUCCACACCUGGCAAGCCGGCCUCGCUGCCAAGGUCGCUGGCACACGCAUCUUGCAUGAUGCCACCCGCCAUCUUCCGCUUGACUUCUUCGUCAUGACCACGUCCGCUCUUUCCCUCUACGGCUUCGCCACCCAGGCCGCCUAUACGGCUGCCAACCGCUUCCAGGAUGCCUUUGCCCGCUACCGCCGCGGUCUCGGCCUGCCUGCCUCUGCCGUCUCGCUUGGCCUCGUCGCCGAGCUCACCACCGUCGGCUCCACCGAUCGCACCAUUCAUCUCUUUGCCCGCAACCAGGCCCAGACUCACGGCCCCGACGACAUCAUCGCCCUGCUCGAGCCUGCUUUUCUCGGCAAUCAGACUGCCCACUCGGCUGCCUCAGACCAGUGGCGCGGCCAAGACGACGACCCACUCUCGGCCGCCAAUCUGCACGCGUACCUCGACCCCCACAAGCUUGCUGCUGCUACUGCCACGGCUACUGCGCCUUCCUGGCACGCUGAUGGCCGCGUUGCCCUCAUGCUGCGUGCCUUGCGUGAUGCCCGUUCUGCCGAGGCGAGCGCCACAGCUGCCGCACACAGCCCUGAGGGCCCUGCUGUGGCCCACGCACCUGCCCUCGUGCGCAACCAGCUCGAUGCUGCUGUGUGUGCCGGACCCGAUGGCCGUGCCGGUGUGCUCUCGCUCGUGCAGACGGCAAUUUCUACCGCCGUCGCCGCCAUGCUCUUCGUCGACCCUGACGGCGUCGAUCCCACCCGCUCCGUCGCCGACCUUGGCGUCGACAGCCUUAUCGCUGCUGAGCUGCGCACAUGGUUCCUACAGGCCCUUGCCACUAGCAUUAGCAUGCUGGAUCUCUUGGAUCCCGCUGUCAGCAUUGCCGCACGCGCCGCUGCCAUCACAGACGCCGCACUGCAGCCCCAGUCGGCGACAGUAUAG